AUGUAAUAUUCAAUCGACAUUCCCGCGCCAAUUAGAAGGACUUUGGAUUGGUGCGGUCGGAUCUGUAGGGUAAUGCCGGUCAAUACGCCGGAUACCGUCUCAUAAAACCCACCCUACAUCUCGCCCGCAUCUUCACGAUGUCACCAUGGAAACCCAUGCCCCAGAGGAAAAACCUCUUCCUCUGUCUCGACGCCUUCGGCACCCUCUUCACACCCAGCAAACCCAUCCCAGUAUCCUACGCGCAAGCCGCCCUCCGCCACGGCAUCAACAUAGGCAACCCCAACAACCCCACCCAAGUAUCCUCAUCCUUCAAAUCCGCAUUCAAGCGCCUGUCAUCGGAGCACCCAAACUAUGGCCGAGCGACAGGUAUGGGUGCAGAAAAAUGGUGGGCCAAAGUAAUAAAGGAAACAUUCACGCCUUUCCUCUCUCCAAACCAGGCCUUCCCCAAGUACCUCGUCCCAGAACUCCUCCACACCUACUCGUCACGUAAGGGCUACACCAUGUACCCAGACGUCCUCCCUUUCUUCCGUAUGAUACGGCACAUGAAAACCCACCAGAUACGCCACGGCGCUCAUCAUGGACUCUGGCCCUGGGAAAAGACUAUAGUAGGCAUCAUAACGAAUUCAGACGACCGCGUUCCGGGGAUAUUGUCGUCCUUCGGUGUCAAUAUGAGUCCCGAGCGUUACCCUGGUAUCUCGGAUCGUCGUUCUGGGGCCGAUGUGGACGCGCCAGGCUCCAAGGGCGAAGAGUAUGAUAUCGAUUUCACAGUCCUGUCCUACGAUGUGGGAGCCGAAAAACCUGAUCGACAGAUCUUUGCAGCGGCGGAAGACAUGCUGGAUAAGAAGCUAAAAGGCGUCUCGUUUGGCGACGGCAUAAAACCCGGAGUAGAGGAGUUUGAGAAAUUGUACGUAGGCGACGACCUCUACAAAGACGUAUUCGGAGCUCAAGACGCAGGCUGGUCGAGCGUUUUGCUAGAGAGAGACGCAAACGCGCUGGGCGGCCAAGGGUACGGGUUCAAGAUGGAAGACAAGGGAGAAGAGAGAGGAGAGGCGGGAGAAGCAAUUGGUCAGAACAGGUUGGUGCCACAUGUGGGCUCUUUGCUCGAUCUGUGUGCGUGGCCACGAAGACCUGCACAGCGUGAGGUAUCGCCCGUGAGAUAUGUGUAUAUAAAGGGCCCUGAGGAUGUAUCGUCAGGGCAGGACAAGCGUCGACCACGAAGCCAGACGUAAUUUGCAUGGCGCUGCUCUGUAACUUCAUAUAAUGACUAGCCGAUUACAAGUCCACCGAUAAUUCACAUCAUUCAAACAUCACUCUUCCUCGCUCCCCAAUCACAUACCCAUCGCAUCAGCAAACACCAUCUAUUGCAUCAUACGUCUCGUUGCAGUUCAGUUCAUUCCAUGUCACUCGACAAUCCAACCCGCAACCCACCAGAACAAAGACACUUCACGCAUCUUGCCCAUCCGAUCCUCAUACCCCCAUCCAUACCACCGACUCAUCUUGCCAUUCGUGCCGAAGCCCCACCGCAAAAAGAAACAUACGAAACAUGAUCAUGUACAGAAUCCACCAAAUUAACCAGCCAAGCCAGCCAGCCCAGAGCCAAAAAAGGCCACCG